AUGAACAGAAUAAAAACGUUUACUUUAACGUAAAUAAUAAAUUAAUUUAAAAAAUCUUAAAAAAAAAAAUUAACAAUAAAGCUUAUAAGUUAAAUAUUAUGUAAAGGGCACUUUUUGUUGUAAAUUAAAGCCCCGUAUGACGAAAUAAUUAAAGUUAAUGAAAAUAGUGUGCGUCAAUUCAAGAAAAUUUAUAUAAACAACAUACAAAUAAAAUAUAUUACUUAAGUAGUUAUGCAAAAGUUAAUUUUGCAUUAAUAGUUGCAAAUAUUUACUACUUCAGUAUUGUUUCGAAGCCAUUAUUGACAAAGCUAUAAAUAAUUCGGAAUAUCAGCCAAAUCUAUAACAUUUGGUAUCAAGAGAAUCAGAAAAAAUUCAAUAAUUACAAAUAUAUUUUUCGUUUCAUUUCAUUUUUUAUUAUCUAUAUAUUUGUUACAGCACUGACAAAAAUAGUUUUCUUCUUUAUUUAUUCUUAAUGUCCUCAACUUUAUUAUUAUAAAAAUAACGAUUAACAUAAAGUUUACAAACAGUAAAUAUUUUUUUUUUAAUUUUAGUUAUUAAUUUUUUUUACACUGAUACAUACAUAGUAUGUUGUCAAAUACUCGUAUCCUAUUUUUAUAUAUAUUUAUUUUUUCCCUGAGCAAACGAUGUACAUACAAGUAUAUAUGUAUGUACAUGCAUAUGUAAUUUAAUUAAACAAGUUGAUAAACUUUUAAAUAUCUUUGGACUUAAAUACAUGCAAUACAUAUUUUUUCAAUUAAUGGCGUGUUUAAAUAGAUUUGUUAAGUAAUAAUUUGUUAGUUUGUUGUUUAGCAAUGUCUAUACCAUAUAUAUAUGUAUACAUAUAUAGUUUAAAUAUUUUUUUUUUAAUUAUUAUAAUAUAUACAUAUAUUUAUUAAAUUAAUUUUUUAAGUUUUUCUUUAAUUUUUAUUUUUUAUUUCUUUUAUUUUUGAUAUUAUUCCUAUUAAUAUUGUUUUUGUUUUUGUUUUGCCUAUUUCAAAUUACAUAUUAUUUAGAGUUUUUAUUUGGUUUCUUUAAUAAACGAAAAUAACUAUUUAAAAUGGGAUAUGUAUAAAUUGGCUGUGAAAAAGUGUGAAAAAUUUUAAUUUUUGUUAAAUUUUAUUAAAAAUUUUGGUUCCAACGCAUUAGCUCAAUUUGAAAAUCAUAAUGCCAUUGACAAUUAAUUCAAUCAUAUUUUUUAAUAAAAUUUUUAUUUUAUGUCAUGAAUUCUCUUUUUGUCAGUUAUAUAUGUAUUUAUGUGUUUUCCUAUGGCAGACUAUUAUUUGUAUCUGUGUAUAAUUGUGUUGCAAUAAUAUUAAUAAUACCAUUAAAAAAAAAAGUAAAUACCAGUAAAUAAAGAACCUAAAUCAAAUAAAAUAGUCGCAAUAUUUGGCUCUGAAUAACGGCGCAUCAUAUAGAAAUUUAGUCACAUGCAAAAUCAUAGAAAAAUACUUUUUGAGAAAAAUGCACGAAACUUUUAAACAUAUGUAUGUAUGUGUGUUUUAAAAUCAAAAUAAGGCAAAGAUAAAACUGCAAUUUAAUAUUUCAAAAAUGCUCAAAAAGCAAGCAAUUUAUAAGAAGACUAUAAAAUAAUUUUAUUUAUGUAACUAUAAAUAAAUAAUUUUAAAAGCGAUAAAUUAAUUACGAAGCUUAUCAAAAUUAUGGAGAAAAAUUGAAAACAAUAAAUGAAUUUGGCCUACGCGCUAAUUGCACUAAUUAAAUAAUUUUGAUAAAAGAUUAGUAAAAAAGGCAACACAAACAAAAACGAAAUCCUUAGUGAAAAAAUGCGUUCAAUCAAAAUUAUAUAUACAUAUAUUUAAAUGCAUAUUUAGUUAAAACAAAUAAUUGCAUAUGAAUAAAUAUCAUAUUAAAUUAAAUUAGAUAUAAUUCAUUAUGCAUCUCAAAAAGCUCAAAAAUAAACUAACAAAAUCAAUAUGAGGCAAUUAUAAAAUAAAGUAGAAAAUAACGUUAAAUAAGAGUUAAAAAAUAAAAAUAUAUUAUAAAUAAACUAAAUAUAAAAAAUAGAAUAUCCAGAAAAAUGAAAUAAUACAUAUACAUAUAUAUAAAAACUAAAAAAUAAUAAGCAUAGUUUAAUACAAAAAAUUACCGAAGUAAAAUUCUGUAACAGUAACUAACAAGUAAAUGUGGGUUUAGCUACAUACAUACAUACAAAUAAAAAAGUGAAUCAGAAAAAAAGAAUACCCGAAGGCUUGUGUGUACACAAAUGCUUAUUAUUACAAAUACAAAUAAAUGUGUUAAAUUUAUAACAAUUCAAAUAUGUGAAAUUGCGUUGCAAUAUUAAACAAAAAAUCAAGUAAUAAAAACUUGAGCAGUAAAAAAAUGUAUUGUCAACAAACAGAAAUAAGUAGUCUUUCAAGAAUAUUAAAAACUCAAAGAAGAUCCCUUUGAACUACGUCUUUACGAAUAUUUUUAAAUGUUUCAACAAAUAUAAUAAGCAAUACAAAAGGGAAGUUUUGCUUAUUGACAAACAAGGCAACACUUACAAGGUUUAGUCAAAUAGAAUUUGACAUUUCGCCUGAAAAAAGCGGUACUUAACCUGCACGUCAAUUUCACGAGUAUUUUAGGCUGUAAAAUAAAUAAAUUGUGAUUAAUUAAAAUAAAACAGGUACAUUUAAUUACAAAUAUAAAACUUGUUCAAUUAAGAAGCAUACUUAGUUCCGAAAACAAGUGCAAAGCGUAUUAUAUAGUUCAUUUUAAAAAGGUCAGCAUUAUGGUCGCAAUUCCAUAUUUGUUUAACGAAAUCGAGCGCAUAUUUGAAACUACCCCGCUAUAUGUGGUUGUAUUGGAAGCUUUUCUGCUGCUAUCGGUAAUAUGGUUGCUACUCUUCAAGCGUAAUGGGCGUGGCAAAAGGUACACAAAGUUAGAGGAAGAAGAAAUUAUUUCCAAAUAUGAACCGGAACCACUCAUCGCUGAAACCGAUCCCAAUCAUCCACUAUUAAAAACACGUUUAGUCCAAUCGAAAGUAGGCAAGCGUGUGAUAGUUGAUGGACAAGAGUGCCUAAAUUUGGCAACCCACAACUAUUUGGGAUUAUUAGAGGAUAACAAAAUAUUGGAGGAUGCUUGCAAUACAUUGAAGAAAUACGGGGUUGGAUCUUGCGGACCGCGUGGUUUCUACGGUACAAUGGAUGUGCAUUUGGAUCUAGAAGAACGUUUGGCAAAAUUUAUGGGUAUGGAGGAGUCCGUGGUAUACUCAUAUGGAUUCUCUACUAUAGCAAGUGCUAUACCAGCAUAUGCAAAACGAGGCGACGUUGUAUUUGUUGAUGAGAUGGUUAAUUUUGCCAUACAAAAAGGUUUGGAUGCUUCACGUAGCACUAUUUAUUACUACAAACACAACAAUAUGGCCGAUUUGGAGCGUCUGCUUAUUGAGCAACAAGAACGCGAUGUAAAGAAUCCAAAGAAAGCAGCCAAGACGCGUCGUUUUCUUUUAGCCGAAGGUAUUUACAUGAAUACUGGUGAAAUAUGUCCCCUACCCGAACUUGUAGUGCUACGUGCUAAGUAUAAAUUGCGUUUGUUCCUGGAUGAGAGCAUUUCCUUUGGCACGCUUGGUAAAACCGGUCACGGGCUCACCGAGCACUUUAAUGUCGAUCUGAUUGAGGUUGAUCUCAUUAUGGCAGGCAUGGAAAAUUCCAUAGCUACCAUCGGCGGUUUCUGUGUCGGAUCACACUUCAUUGUCGAGCAUCAACGUCUGUCUGGUUUGGGUUAUUGUUUCUCGGCAUCACUGCCACCACUAUUGACACAAGCAGCCAUCUCUGCACUUGAUCGUUUCGAAUCCGAACCGCAAAUGUUCACACAAUUGCAGAAAAUAUCGCGUAAAGUUCAAACGGUAUUUGGCAAAUUUUCAAAGUUGAAGUUGCGCGCCAACGAACUUUCGCCCAUCAAGCAUUUAUAUAUAGCAGAGGAACGCGAAAAUUCAGAUCAAGAGCGUGAAUUGCUCACCCAAAUCGCCAAUAAGUGCAUUGCAAGCGGUGUUGCUGUUAUCGAGGCGCGUUAUUUGAACAAUUUGGAAAAACAUGUUUUACGUCAAAGCAUACGUAUAACGGUGAAUCGUUUACUCACUGACGCAGAUAUCAAGCAUGCUUUCGAUGUUAUCGAAAAUGUAUCCAAGGAAGUGUUGUAGAUUACACACCAUUCAUUACGACUAAUUAGUAGAUAGUAUAGGCUGAUAGCUUAUUUCAAAACCAUAAAAGCAGUACAUUAUAGUUUUAUGUUAACUGCUGAUUAACAAUGACAUAGUAAAAGUGAGGUUAAUUUACAAAAGUUCCCACUCUUUAAUGCACAAUACCGAACUUCAUUAAGUAAGGGUAGUAUUAUAUUAAAUACUUCUAGUUGCGGAAUAUUGAAAUGUGCAUGCACACAAUUUAAAAGCGCUAUUUGUUUAAAAUUUAAAAAAAAAAUUAAAAAAAAAAAAAAAAGUAUAUGAAAUUAA